AUGGGCCUUGGACGCGGAGACCCCCAAGAAGAUCCGGGGCAUGCCGUCUCUUGGGGUAUAGUCACGGCGAGCAGUUUGCGUGGCCCUUGCACUACCCAGGAGGUCUUCGAAGCCUCGCAGGCUGGAAGGACGGAGGCCGCCCGCGAGGUGGCCCGGAGACGUUUUGGCGAGACCGAGAAGCAGCGCGGAGAGCGCGAGGUUCACGAAGGCCAGGCUUUCUUCGCAAGCUGUGGCGUGGAGCAGUUACGGCCUUCCUCGAGGUUUGGGCAGACUCGCGGAGGCUCGCGUCCAUACGGCGUAGUUUCACAGCGGCCCCGCACGACGCCUUCACGGCCUGCUCACGGUGAGGGAGCGCUAUCAGGCGAUUUGGAGCUCCGCAGCCCGUCUUCGCGAACCCACCUGCGGUACUCCAACCCGUGCCUCAGCCGGGUAAUGGACCAAGACCGCCAGCAGAACGGAGGAUUUUUCACAGGGUGGGGCGCUCGGCUUCUCAUUGCACAUGCUUUCGUGAGUCUGAACCAGUCUGAACCCGUGUGGAAAAGCCAUAAGCCAGGCAAUACUACCGCAGGACGAAAGUUCGCCAUACAACAUGAAGUUGAGAGAUCCUCACAUGUUGACCCCUUUUCCCCCGUAGACUCCUAG